ACUGUAGUCAGUCAUAUGAUCGACUCAAGGAAGGGAGUGGGAAAGAGGGCGAGUCCGUGGUACUGUGAGGCUCUCUUGUAUCAAUUUUGGUUAAUUUUGACGGUUCUUUAAGGGUUUUGAGGGGCGCACCUAUUCUACGUAGACACGAAAAGAACCGAUAGACAGAAACCAAGAUGAAGGGCUGCCUUUUUAACAUCGACGGUGGUUACCUGGAAGGGCUCUGUCGCGGUUUUAAGUGUGGAAUUCUCCAGCAGAGCGAUUACCUGAAUUUGGUGCAGUGCGAAACCCUCGAAGACUUGAAGCUUCAUUUGGCUGGCACCGACUAUGGAAGCUUUCUGGCCAACGAGCCGUCGCCUCUUUCUGUCAGUGUCAUCGAUGACAAGCUCAGGGAAAAACUUGUCGUAGAGUUUCAGCAUAUGCGCAAUCACUCCGUCGAGCCACUGUCACAGUUCCUUGACUUCAUAACUUAUAGCUACAUGAUCGAUAACAUUAUUCUACUCAUCACGGGAACGCUUCACCAAAGGCCCAUCUCGGAGCUAAUUCCCAAGUGUCAUCCACUGGGCAGUUUUGAACAGAUGGAGGCUAUUCACGUUGCAGCGACUCCUGCUGAACUCUAUAAUGCAGUGCUCGUAGACACUCCUUUGGCGCCUUUCUUUGUAGAUUGCAUCUCCGAGCAGGACUUGGAUGAGAUGAACAUUGAGAUAAUAAGGAACACUUUGUACAAAGCUUAUUUGGAGGCUUUUUACAAAUUCUGUAAGAAGAUCGGUGGCACAACUGCUAACACAAUGUGCGAGAUCCUUGCCUUUGAGGCCGAUAGACGUGCAAUCAUCAUAACUAUUAAUUCGUUUGGAACGGAAUUGGGCAAAGAUGAUCGUGCUAAAUUGUACCCUCGGUGUGGUCGAUUGAACCCCGAUGGUCUGGCAGCAUUAGCCCGGGCCGAUGACUACGAACAAGUUAAAGCUAUUGCUGAAUAUUAUGCGGAAUACAGGGCUCUGUUCGAGGGAGCUGGCAAUAACCCUGGCGACAAAACUCUGGAAGACAAGUUCUUCGAGUACGAGGUGCGUUUGAACGUGCACGCUUUCCUGCAGCAAUUCCACUUCGGUGUGUUCUACAGUUACUUGAAACUGAAAGAACAAGAGUGCAGGAACAUCGUCUGGAUCGCCGAGUGCGUAGCUCAGAAACAUCGAGCCAAAAUCGACAACUACAUACCCAUAUUUUAAUUGCAUUUCUCAGUUAAGCUCAUCAAUAGUUAUCGGUUCGAGUCACUUCGUUGUUGGGAGUGCGAAGUUGAAUACGCAGAGAAUGAUUUCACAUCGGAUGCUAUGCCCUGUCCCUAAAAGUAAGUUCUAUGCAAAGUACCUUAAUCAUUGUUAAGAUUCGUUUUGAUAUAUAUACACAAAUAGGCACUAUUCAUGCGAAGAACGUUUCUUUCGAUGUCCUCUACAAUGAUCGGUCCAGGGUGAUUUAAAUCAUCUAACACUAGAACUACCAAGACGGGUCAAAGUGACAUGUUUCAAAUGACUUAAAACAGAAAAAUCAUGAUUUUCAUCAAUCCUGGUUAACAGUACCUUAACAAAUUGAAAAAAAAUGUCCUCUCUUGUCGGGGGGUAAUGGGAUAUAGCAGCGAGACAUUGAUAAAAUGCAUAAAGAAAUUAUUCCAAGGAGUUUUUAAUAUUGUAACAUAACGUUGAAAAUCCCUUAUAGUAAUUAAUCGCAGAGUAACAGAGAGUCGCGAUCGUUCCUCCUGUUUCGAAUGUGAUCGGAGGGAUUUUUUGUUUUUGUUCCUUUUAACUGGAGCAUUGUACUUGUGUUCGAAUUAGUGCAAUCGCGAGUUCUACUUUCCUGUGCUAUUUGCUAAAUUCCGGUACCAUCCUUCUUUUCGAGGGUUGUAUGCACAAUUGUGCACACAGCAAUGACAUGCAAUCCGUUGCGUAGAAUAAAAAUCUGUGUAUAUAGUGUAUUUUAUUGUAUUCAUCGGUGUGUUAAACACUGUCAUACAUAGUAUUAUCCCACGGUGUAACUGUAAUUUAAUAACUGUAAACUGUAUAAACGUAAUAAAGUUGUAAAGCAUUCCACGUCAA